AUGUGCUACAAUGUAGGUGGGAAUCACAGGCUGAAUAUUUAUUUCAAAAACAUCAGCAAAGACCCUGUUCAGGCUAUUUCUACAGCCAAAGAGCUGAUUGGAGGGAAUCGAGUUCAAGUUAUUGUUGGGACACGAACAUGGGAGGAAGCAGCAUUAGCCUCCGAUGUUGGAAAGCCAGCGCAAGUGCCAGUCCUUACAUUAGUUGCAGCUUCCAGUACACAGCCAUCGACCCAGAAUCGAUGGCCUUUCUUGGUAGAGAUGGCCACCGAUAGCCAGGAACAGAUAAAUUGUAUUGCAGCUAUUGUCAAUUCCUACCACUGGCGAAAAGUAAUAGUAAUUCAUGAAGACAGCAGUUAUUUUGCUGAUUCUGGGUUGCUUCCUAUGUUAUCGGAGGCUCUUCAAAAUGUUGGUGCAGCUAUUGAGUAUGAUCUCAUCCUUCCACCAUUCUCGUCUCUAUCUGAUCCAGAGGGGUUUGUUCGACGAGAAGCAGCGGAGUUAUUGAGGAAGCAGUCUCGAGUUUUUAUCGUUCUUCAAUCAUCCUUACCACUGGCUACACAUUUACUCAGAGAAGCUAAGCAGAUAGGACUAAUGGGUAGAGAUUCAGUAUGGAUUCUGACAGACUCUAUUUCAGAUUUUCUGGAUUCUUUUAACCCCAAUUUGGUCUCUUCUGCACAAGGUGCUAUAGGUAUCAAGAGCUAUUAUUCAGAAAACAACAGGCAUUUUCUAGACUUUAAAGAUCAAUUUCGGAAGAAUUUCAGACUGGAGUAUCCAGAUGAAGACAACUGGGGUCUUGGAAUUCAUGCUCUAAAAGCAUAUGAUAGCAUUACAGCUAUAGCGGAAGCUGUGAAAGAAUUAGGUGGGAACAAUACUAGUAAUCCAAAGUUGCUGCUCAAUGAAAUUCUGUCCAGCAAUUUCACUGGAUUAAGUGGUGAAAUUCGUUUCCAUAGUGGGAAAUUAAAGCAGAAAUCUAUAUUCAAGAUUAUUAACAUUGUUGGAAGGAGUUAUAAAGAGCUAGGUUUCUGUUUGGUAAAUUGGCCAGGGGAAUUGGAUCGAGUCCCAAAAGGGUGGGCAAUGCCUACCGAUGUAGCCCCAUUGAGAAUUGGAGUUCCAGGAAACAAUUCCUUCCCAGUGUUUGUAAAGGUAAAGCAUGUCCAAAAGACAAAUGAGAAGAUAUAUGAUGGUUUUUGCAUUGAUAUUUUCGAAGAGGUGAUAAAAGUAUUGGGAUAUCCCCUGCAUUAUGAAUUUGUGCCCUUCAAGGGUAGCUAUAGUGACCUGGUUGAGAAUGUCGCCAAUAAGAGCUUUGAUGCUGCUGUGGGCGAUAUAACCAUCUUAGCCGACCGUUCAAGAACUGUAGAAUUUACUCAACCGUUUAUGGAGUCUGGUUUGUCAAUGUUGGCUCCAGUCAAAACUGAACCCCAGAUGGAGUGGAUAUUUACGAAGCCUUUCACUAGGAAUAUGUGGACGGUUACCUUAGCCAUUUUAUUCUACACAAUGUUCGUCAUUUGGUUUAUGGAGCAUCAAUCUAAUCCAGAAUUUCAAGGGCCACGGAGAGAUCAACUUGCAAAUGCAAUGUGGUUUACAUACUCUUCUCUAUUCUUCGCUCAUGGAGAAGAAAUUAAAAGCAAUUAUACUAAAGUGGUGGUUGUGGUGUGGCUCUUUGUUGUGUUGGUAUUAAUCUCAAGUUAUGAGGCUAACCUCGCUUCAAUGCUGACUGUCCCACGACUUGAGGCAAGUGUGACUGGUUUAGAUUGGAUAAUGAAAACUAAUGCUACAGUUGGAUGCGACGGUGGCUCUUUUGUAGAAGAUUAUCUGAGGAAUGUAAUUAAACUUCCAAAUAUCAAAACCAUAAGCAGCCAUGACCGUUAUUCGGAGGAAUUUAAGAGUGGAAAUAUCUCUGCUGCAUAUCUUGAACUCCCUUACCAGAACGUUUUUCUCAAAGAUCACUGCAACGAGUAUACAGUGACUGGACCUACCUACAGUUUUGGAGGACUAGGGUUUGCAUUCCAGAAAAAUUCUCCAAUAGCUCGCGAUGUUUCAGACGCCCUUCUAACUUUAAUGGAGGACGGAAAGCUUAGUCGCUUGAAAGAGAAAUGGUUUGGUCCACCAGACAGUCGUUCAAAUUAUGAUGCUAACUCUGAAAUAGAAAGAUUGAGUUUCAGGAGUUUCUGGGGUCUAUACCUUGUUUCUGCUGCCAUUUCGACUCUCUGUUUCCUCAUUUCCGCUCUUCGGUUGUUGAAAAAGAAAUUAAAGGUCUGUGAAGAACAUGCAUGUGAUGUUGCUCAAAUUGUUGAGGGUGUUCCUAACACAAUGAAUAGGUUGGAGCAGUAUUUUCAUGGUGGACGGCAGAAGUCUCUGAGGAGGAGAAGCACAUUUAAUUUGUCUAAAGGUGCUGAAACGAUUGAAUUAGGGAGUCCUCCCGGUGCCUCUCAAAUUUUUCGGGCCUCCUCCUUGCAGAAGUCUCCCAGAGAUAAUUGA